GGGAAAGUGAGUUGCGUGGGCGCCGGGGCGGGGAGCGCAGAGCCGGGAGCGCGGAGCCGAGCGGCGCCGAGUGCGGCUGACCCGGGUCCUGUCUCUCCUGGGGCAGGGUGGCCAAGUCCCAUUUACCUAAAGAGGAAGUGGAGCCCUAGAGAAGGACCAUGGGCUCCAUGUUCCGGAGUGAGGAGGUGGCACUGGUCCAGCUCUUCCUGCCCACCUCUGCCGCCUACACCUGCGUGAGCCAGCUUGGCGAGCUGGGCCUCGUGGAGUUCAGAGACCUCAAUGCCUCGGUGAGCGCCUUCCAGAGACGCUUUGUGGGGGAUGUUCGGCGCUGUGAAGAGCUGGAGAAAACCUUCAUGUUCCUGCAGGAGGAGGUGCGGCGGGCUGGGCUGGUGCUGCCUCCACCAGAGGGGAGGCUGCUGGCACCCCCGCCCCGUGACCUGCUUCGCAUCCAGGAGGAGACAGAUCGCCUGGCACAGGAGCUCCGGGAUGUGCGGGGCAACCAGCAGUCCCUGCGGGCCCAGCUCCAUCAGCUGCAGCUGCACUCUGCUGUGCUGGGCCAGGGCCACAGCCUCCCGCUGGCAGCCACCCAUGCUGAUGGGCUCUUGGAGAGAAGCCCCCUGCUCCAGCCCCCUGGGGGGCCACACCAGGACCUGAGGGUCAACUUCGUGGCAGGAGCCGUGGAGCCCCCCAAGGCCGCUGCCCUGGAACGCCUGCUCUGGAGGGCCUGCCGCGGCUUCCUCAUCGCCAGCUUCAGGGAGACGGAGCAGCAGCUGGAGGACCCGGUGACGGGCGAGCCCGCGACCUGGAUGACCUUCCUUAUCUCCUACUGGGGUGAGCGGAUAGGACAGAAGAUCCACAAGAUCACUGACUGCUUCCACUGCCACGUCUUCCCAUUCGUGGAGCAGGAGGAGGGCCGCCUCACAACCCUGCAGCAGCUGCGACAGCAGAGCCAGGAGCUGCAGGAGGUCCUGGGGGAGACUGAGCGCUUCCUGACCCAGGUGCUGGGCCGGGUGCAGCGGCUGCUGCCACCCUGGCAAGUGCAGAUCCGCAAGAUGAAGGCCGUGUACCUGGCUCUCAACCAGUGCAGCGUGAGUGCCACGCACAAGUGCCUCAUUGCUGAGGGCUGGUGCGCCACGCGCGACCUGCCCACGCUACAGCAGGUGCUGCAGGACAGCUCGAGUGAGGCGGGCGUGAGCGCUGUGGUUCACCGCAUCCCCUGCCGGGACAUGCCCCCCACGCUUAUCCGCACCAACCGCUUUACUGCCAGCUUCCAGGGCAUCGUGGACGCCUACGGUGUGGGCCGCUACCAGGAGGUCAAUCCUGCGCCCUAUACCAUCAUCACCUUCCCCUUCCUCUUUGCCGUGAUGUUUGGCGACGUGGGCCACGGGCUGCUCAUGUUCCUCUUUGCCCUGGCCAUGGUGCUCGCGGAGAACCAGCCGGCCGUGAAGACGGCGCAGAAUGAGAUCUGGCAGACUUUCUUCAGCGGCCGCUACCUGCUGCUGCUCAUGGGCCUGUUCUCCAUCUACACCGGCUUCAUCUACAACGAGUGCUUCAGCCGCGCCACGACCAUCUUCUCCUCGGGCUGGAGCGUGGCAGCCAUGGCCACCCAGUCGGACUGGAGUGACACGUUCUUGGCGGAGCACCCACUUCUCACCCUGGACCCCAAUGUCACCGGUGUCUUCCUGGGACCCUACCCCUUCGGCAUUGACCCCGUCUGGAGCCUGGCUGUCAACCACCUCAGCUUCCUCAACUCCUUCAAGAUGAAGAUGUCCGUCAUCCUUGGGGUCACCCACAUGACUUUUGGGGUGGUCCUGGGAGUCUUCAACCACAUACACUUCGGCCAGUGGCACCGGCUGCUCCUGGAGACCCUACCGGAGCUGGUCUUCCUGCUGGGGCUGUUCGGCUACCUUGUCUUCCUGGUCAUCUACAAGUGGCUGUGCAUCUCAGCUGCCAGCGCUGCCUCAGCCCCCAGCAUCCUCAUCCACUUCAUCAACAUGUUCCUCUUCUCCCGCAGCCCCACCAACAGGCUGCUCUUCCCUGGGCAGGAGUUGGUGCAGUCUGUGCUGGUGGUCCUGGCCCUGGCCAUGGUGCCCGUCCUGCUGCUUGGCACACCCUUGUUCCUGCACUGGCAGCACCGCCGCCGUUCGCGGAGGCCCACUGGCCGGCAACCGGAUGAGGACAAGUCCAGGAUUCUAGACUCCUCCGACACGUCUGUGGCUGGCUGGGGCUCUGAUGAAGAGAAAGCAGGGUGCCCAGGGAACUCAGAGGAGGCCGAGUUUGUCCUGUCCGAGGUGCUCAUGCACCAGGCCAUCCACACCAUUGAGUUCUGCCUGGGAUGCAUCUCCAACACGGCCUCUUACCUGCGCCUCUGGGCUCUGAGCCUGGCCCAUGCUCAGCUAUCAGAGGUCCUGUGGGCCAUGGUCAUGCGUGGCGGCCUGCGCAUGGGCCGUGAAUGGGGUGUGGCGCCUGUGGUGCUGGUUCCCGUCUUUGCUGCCUUCGCUGUGUUGACAGUGGCCAUCCUGCUGGUGAUGGAGGGGCUCUCAGCCUUCCUGCACGCACUGCGGCUACACUGGGUGGAGUUCCAGAACAAGUUCUACUCAGGCAGUGGCUACAAGCUAAGCCCCUUCACCUUCACUGCAGAGGAAUAGUAGUGCCCAUCUGUGGCCACGCUCAGGUCUCUGCCUUUACCUACAGAGACAAGAAAUAAAGAUGGCUUUAGGAACUGUCCUGGUCCCAUCUGCAAUGCCACGGGCUGGGGAGGCUGGGUGUGGUGGGGCCUAGGCUCUGGGCAUGGGCUGGUCCCACCCCAGGGCUCCUGAUAUCAUGGACUCCGUGCCUGGCUAUAUAUUAUGCCCAUCUUCCUCAUGCUCACCUAUGCAGCUGGGCUUGUUGUCAGGUGUAGUGGAGUGGGAAGCCCUGGUCUGGGACCUGGGGUCUUGAGAAUUUGGGGAGAGGCCUCAUGAACACAUCUGCAGUAAUUCCAGAGUCUUGGCGUGAAAAGGGGCAGAACUAGGACCAAGGAAGGAUGUUUCCAGCACAUUCUAGCUCAGUAUGAGUGUCUCCCAGGCUGAGCCAGGGAUGUGAGCUCCCGAUAUCCUUGGGGAUGUGCAAGUGGCUGUUAGGAGACUGUUUGGGAUACUCGGCAUGAAAGGUGGUGCCUGGCAUGAUGGGCCAAUGUUUCCAUGCCCUGGUGCUAGCUAGCCCCACCUCAGGCACUCAAGAUGUCUUGAGGCAGGGAGCAGCCUGGGACACCACAGCCUGACCCAGCAGUGAGGACUGGGACACUCACACACACGGCCACCAUUCUAGAGAAGGGCAGAGGCUGUCCAGGCAGCCCAGGAGCCACCCAGGGCCCCAAUGGUCAGGAAAAGGAUUGAGCUGGAUUCCAGGCCCUGCUGCCCCUUCAGUGGAACCUAUUGUCUCUCCCACCCCUCCUUGGUGACCAGUCCUGCCGCCUCCCCCCACACUGAGGUCAUCCUGCGGCUGGUUGGGUGGAGAGGAGCAUUUUGCAUGUCUUUCUGGCCUGGGUCCCACCACUGGCUGGGAGGUGGUGCCAAUGCUUCUCAGAGGCCUUCCUUUCUCAGGCUGAGGAGCUGCAAAAUGGCUCUUCCGGCAGGAGGCCCCAGGAACAAAGGCUGCUUUGAGGCCAAAGAUGCCCUGGGC